AUGUCUACAAUCGAUUCUCAUAAUACACGAGAGAAAUUCUAUUCAAUUCCAAAUGUUUCAUCUGAUCAAUUAAUUAUUAAAGAUGGUAUGAAAAAUUUAGCCUUUUCAAAUGACAAUGAAUCUUCCACGAUGGUUCUAAAUUCUUCUCCGCAUACGGUUGUUCGUCUUCGACGUUAUUCAAUAGACUCCUCUUCGACAUCAAAAUCAUCAUCAUCCGUUUGUUGUCAUCAUUCAUUUUUAUAUUAUUUCUGGCGUGUAUUUAUUUGUUUAAUAACAAUAAUUUUUGCCACGCUGUGCUGCCAUACAAUUUAUCAAUUCAAAAUUCAAAAUUUACAUGCUUUUCAAAAACUUCACAACGUAACAAAAGAGCAAACGCCAACUAUAUGCAAAUUAUUUCAAACAAGAUUGAAUUUAUACUAUAAAAUACCAGCAAAUUACAUAUCACUAUGUAUUCUAUUGAUUCUUAUAUUAGUUCAAAUAUUUUUUGAAAAUUUUUCCUGCCGAAAAAAACGAACAUUUAAAUCAUUUUGGCAAAAUUUAUCACUGCCUAUGGUAUUUAAUUCUCAUUCACAUAUUUAUCGUUUUCAAUCAGCCGCUGUGUUCGGUAUCAUAGCAUUAGAAAUUUUGCAUAUAUUUGACGAAUAUAUCGUUAAUGGUGCGAAACAUUUUCAACACGGACCGUUACUUGAUUUAAUUAUACAAUUCGGCAUUGGUCUUAUGUUGGGUUUAAGAUAUUUUCCAAUUUUAUCAAUAUUUGAAAAAGAAAACAACUAUGAAAACCGCCUAGAAAAUCUCGUAUCCUAUGGUCUAGGAACAAUUUAUUUGUAUUGUGAAAUUAUCUUUAAAAUACAAUCAGAUAUUAGUUGUGAAUUCGAUAAAAGAAAAAUAUCGAUUAUUAAAGAAACUUUAGACAAACUGCUUAAAAUGGGCGUCAAUGUUAAACAAUAUAUGAUGCUUAAUUUAGGUGCCAAUCGAACUGGAAAACUAAAUGAAACAUAUCUCAAUUCACGUUUAUGGUAUCACAAUAAAACAGACAAAUAUAUUGAAAGUUUAACAAAUGAUGAUAAAUCAGAAAUUCAUAAUGAUUUAAAACGUUUGGAAUAUUCAUUAGAAUUAAAUAAAGAAAGUAUAUUCUAUAAUAUCAUAAGAAAUGCUCCCUAUUAUUAUUUUAUUGCUUAUUUGGCUGUCUGUUUAACAAUAUUAUUUUUAAAUACAUUUCGUGGCAAAUUUAAAAAGUCUUCAUCAUAUCAAUCAUUACCACGUUGGAAAUAUGUGAGAUUUAAUCUCUUGAAAUCAUCAAAAAUUUUAAAUUCCUACCAAGAAUAUGAAUACUCACGUUUAUUUCGUUGUUUAAAUUCUUUCAUUGGCUUUUUCAAACGUCACAUUUAUUCCGUACGUUCACAUUUUCGCUAUUCAAAAUUAAUUGUUUGCUUAUACACAAGUGCAUUUACACUUGUUUAUUAUUUCACAUUUUGGAUUCAAGAUCAUACAUAUGCAUUAACAAAAAAACUAUUACUAUUUCUUAAUCUAAUCCUAUGUGGUUUAACUGACCUAUCGAAAGAUUUAUGUUAUAAUUUAGAUCUUAAUUUUAUCAAUCAAGAUAUUAAAUAUAUUUGCUUAUUAACAGCUUGUAUAACAUGUUUACAAUUAUUUUUCGGUUUAAAACAUUAUCAAAUACAAAUGUGUAAUGCAUAUAAAGGAGUAUUUACUGAUAUUCCGAAACCGAAACACAUCUCAUCAGUAUCAAUUAUUAGUAAAUCAAUACAUUAUCCAGGACGAUUUAUGGGUUCACUUGUUUACAGUUAUGGAUUUUUAUUUUUAUUUACAUCACUAUUUUAUAUUCUCUCUCGCUAUAUAUUUCAUUCUCUGAUAGUAUUGGAGUUUAUUUCAAAAUUAUUAUUACCAAUGAUAAUAUUCUUUUUAUUUCAAUUGUUAUUCGUACGUCUUUUAUGUAAAUUAUUAUUUACGCAAAAUAAUCAUUUGCUUGCAUUACGCAAUCUUCGGCUUUAUUAUACAUUUUCAUAUUUCAGCUUUUUCUUCGAUUGUUUUCUUGGUUUUAUAAUGUGUUUAUCGCGUAUAUCAAAAGGAUUUUUAUGUACGUCAAUAUUUUUUGCGCGCCUGGAUUAUUCAGCCUAUGGACGAGGAUUAGAAAUGUAUGACUCAUCAUAUGCAUCAUAUGUUAGUUUUUUUCAUAUUGAACGAAUUCAACGACAUCCAGUAUUGAAUGUAUUCAUUGACAUCAUACGACAACGUCUUAUUGAUAUAAGAAAAUUAAAAUUAAAACUAACCAAGGAACAGCAAGAGCAUAGAUAUGAAAAUGAAAAAUUAUCACAGCUAACCCGUUUUCGUUGGCUAUUAGCUUAUACAUUAAUUCAUAAUGAACAAUUGAAGCGCUAUAGAAAACAUCGAUUAUCUACUACGCAAACAAUACAAUCGAAAACAUUAGAACGUUUAUUCGAUAAAAUUGGUCUCUCACAAACUUUACCAAGAAAAUAUUAA